AUGAAAGCUACAAGCAACAUAACAGAAAUAAUUUUCUUGGGAUUUUCCCAGAGCCAGCAUGUACAGAAGGUCAUUUUUGCGAUGUUUCUCUUGAUGUACAUAGCCAUUGUACUGGGCAAUGGCCUGAUUGUGGUGACUGUUAUGGCCAGCAAAGGGCUCUCUUCCCCUAUGUAUUUCUUCCUCAGCUACUUGUCGUUGGUAGAACUAUGUUACUGUUCUGUCACAGCCCCUAAGCUCAUCUUUGACUCUUUGCUCAAGAGGAAAGCAAUUUCCCUCCAGGGAUGCAUCACACAGAUAUUUUUCCUCCACUUCUUUGGUGGCACUGAAAUCUUUCUUUUGACAGUGAUGGCCUAUGACCGCUAUGUGGCUAUCUGUAAGCCCUUGCACUAUGUCACCAUCAUGAAUCGGAAAGUGUGUGGCUUCCUGGUAGGGGCAGCAUGGAGUGGGGGCUUGCUGCAUUCUGCUGGGCAAGCAUUCCUCAUUUUCCAGCUGCCCUUUUGUGGUCCCAACAUCAUUGACCACUACUUCUGUGAUGUCCACCCAGUAUUGAAGUUGGCUUGCUCAGACACCUUCCUCAUUAGCCUACUAGUCAUCAUCAACGGUGGCUCCAUCUCAGUGAUCAGCUUUGCGGUGCUGCUGGUUUCUUAUGUGGUCAUCCUACAUUCCCUGAGGAGCCACACAGCAGAAGGACGGCGCAGGGCCCUCUCUACCUGUGCCUCUCACCUUGUUGUGGUGGGGCUGUUUUUCAUACCCUGUUCUUUUGUCUACAUGAGACCCUGCAUCACCCUCCCUGUGGACAAGAUCGUGGCUGUGUUUUAUACAGUUGUCACACCUCUCUUGAACCCCAUUAUUUACUCUUUCAGAAACACUGAGGUGAAAAAUGCCAUGAGGAGACUUGUAGGGAGGAAGAUGACUUGGGAAGAAAAAUAG